AUGGAUGAUCAUCAGCAAAACCAGAAGGAUCCUUUGGAAGUUGCCAGGUAUGAGUCAAAAGACUCACCGGAUAGCAAUUGGGUUGUGCAGAAGUUUGGAGGUACCAGUGUUGGGAAAUUCGCAUUGAACAUCAUUGACCAAGUGGUAUUACCAAGUUUACUCGAACACCGCGUGGCUAUAGUUUGUUCGGCAAGGAGUAGUUCAACGAAGGCUGCAGGAACCACAAACCGCCUUUUGCGAGCAGCUCGGGAUGCGGAAGACGCUCUAUCACAAGAAUAUGCUUCCCUUGUUGAGGCAGUCCGGCUCGAACAUAUCCAGGUCGUUGACGAACAAAUCCAGUCCAAGGUACUUAAGUCCCGGCUCAUUUCAGAGAUAAACAACGAAUGCGACAAAGUACUUCGAGUCCUGGAGGCUGCACAAACUUUAGGAGAGAUAAGCGCACGAUGCGUGGAUAAAGUGAUUAGUACAGGAGAAAAGCUCAGUUGUCGCCUCAUGGCCGCUUAUAUUCAGGACCGCGGUGUGGAUUCACAGUACGUGGAUCUAGCUGAGGUCAUCGAUUUUCCCAUCUCGAAUCAGGGUCUCGACCAGGACUUCUACAAUAAUCUCGCUGCAGCUCUUGGCCGAAAGAUUCGGGCCUGUGAGAACAAAGUGCCAGUUGUUACUGGGUUUUUCGGAACCGUACCUGGUGGCCUCCUCGAUCAAAUUGGCCGCGGUUAUACUGAUCUUUGCGCUGCCCUCGUUGCUGUUGGAAUAGAUGCCAAGGAACUCCAAGUCUGGAAAGAGGUUGAUGGAAUAUUCACCGCAGAUCCCCGGAAAGUGCCUACUGCACGCCUUUUACCUGCAAUCACACCAGCCGAGGCAGCUGAACUGACAUUCUAUGGUUCGGAGGUGAUCCAUCCCUUCACUAUGGAGCAAGUCAUCCGUGCCAAGAUUCCAAUUCGCAUAAAGAAUGUUAUGAACCCAAGAGGUGAUGGCACCGUGAUCUUUCCAGACUCCACUUUUGAACUGGAGAAGACAACCCCAGGUCAUGAUCCGAGACUAUUCCGUACUCGCAGCCCUAGUCUUGUGCAGCGGCCUAAACGCCCAACGGCGGUAACGAUCAAGCACAAGAUCUUGGUGAUUAAUGUACAUUCCAACAAACGUUCGCUCUCACAUGGAUUCUUCGCUGGGAUAUUUUCCGUUCUCGACAGGUGGAGACUUUCUAUCGAUUUGAUAUCUACAAGUGAGGUUCAUGUCUCGAUGGCUCUUCAUUCGGAAAUGCCUCUUCUAAACGGAGUUGGGAGGGAUGAAUACCAGGUAAUUGAUGAAGAUCUCAAAGGUGCUUUGCGCGACCUGCAGAGAUAUGGUACAGUUGAUAUCAUCCCCGAGAUGGCAAUCCUUAGUCUUGUCGGGAAACAGAUGAAAAAUAUGAUUGGAGUAGCUGGCCGCAUGUUUUCUACCCUAGGUGAGAACAAUGUCAAUAUAGAGAUGAUUUCCCAGGGUGCAAGUGAGAUCAACAUCUCUUGUGUCAUAGAAGAAAGAGACGCUGAUCGUGCUCUAAAUAUUAUCCACACCAGCAUGUUCACAUUCUUGGACUAA